CAUCGCCAGCUUCUUCUUCAAAUCUUAAAAAUUCAUAUUCCUCGUUAACCCUUCUCCUCCAGAUUCUCUAAAGCCACCCCCAGUUGCACAGAGAUCCUGUACCGCCAUCGCCACCAGGACCCCUCCUCUCUAUUUCCCACACCAAGUAAAGAUUGGUUUUUUUUUUACAUAUUUAGGGUUGGCUGCUCUGUGGGUUUUGCCAUUUGGGUGCAUAUAUAAAAAUAAGCAGGAAAUGGUGAAAAGGUAUGGAGUGUUUUGAUUGCCAGAAAAUACCAUGUUGCAGUGCAUAGAGGGGUUAAAGCAUUUAUGUGCUUCCCUACUGAGGUGCUGUGAUCUUGACUUAUAUAAACAAUCGAGAGGAUUAGAAGACCCUGAAAUUCUGGCUAGGGAGACAGUGUUUAGUGUUAGUGAAAUAGAGGCACUAUAUGAGUUAUUUAAGAAGAUUAGCAGUGCAGUGAUUGAUGACGGGUUGAUCAACAAGGAGGAGUUUCAAUUGGCGUUAUUCAAGACAAACAAGAAAGAGAGCUUAUUCGCUGAUCGUGUACGUUUUUCUGUAUUUGACUUAUUUGACACGAAGCACAAUGGAAUACUAGGUUUUGAAGAGUUUGCUCGUGCUCUCUCUGUCUUCCAUCCUAACGCCCCAAUCGACGAUAAGAUUGAGUUUUCGUUUCAAUUAUACGACCUCAAGCAACAGGGCUUCAUUGAAAGGCAGGAGGUGAAGCAAAUGGUAGUGGCCACGCUAGCAGAAUCCGGCAUGAAUCUUUCGGAUGAGGUGAUAGAAAGUAUAAUCGAUAAGACAUUCGAGGAAGCUGAUACAAAACAUGAUGGGAGGAUUGAUAAGGAAGAGUGGAGAAGCCUUGUUUUGCGGCACCCAUCCCUUCUGAAAAACAUGACUCUUCAGUACCUCAAAGACAUCACCACAACAUUCCCAAGCUUUGUAUUUCACUCACAAGUCGACGACACCUAGAAGUUGAAAAUUUCCAUUUUAAGCGGAGACAUUAUUUUUUAAUUAAAUUAUUCCCAAGAUUUGCAUGUUUCCGAAGAACAUGGUCCACUCUAGUGUAAAGGGCCAUGUGGAGAAUUAUCAUACCAUAUUUGUUGUUUCAUUUGAAUAUUUUUGGAUGUGUGUAAUUUAUCCUCUAACGAUGUGCCGGUUUUGAUUUGGAGUUUUCAUUGAUACGAAUUAUGUGAAAGGUUGUUGGGUUCAGAAUAUCUGAUGUUGUAUCUA